CUGGGACACGUCCUGGCAGCAGCAGAAGCAGAAGAAGAAGCUUACUGACUGGUUUUAUUUAUAGGAGGGAUGGUAGUACUGGUGAAGAGGAGGCGUAGGAACGGGGCCACUCCUUUCGAUAUCUGCUGAAUGACGGAGGCCGCACGGCCUAGAAAUUCUGGGUGGAAGGUGGCUUUCUUCUUUUUUUCUUGUUCCUUGCGCGGAUGCACAACACUGGAGUUUUGGUUAGGUUGUUUUCUCGUACUAUAUGCGAUUCCGGGAAACAUGGUUGCUUGCCCCUUGGUUUUCUUUUUACUGCGCCGGGGUUGCUCGUCUAUUCUUAUUUUUCCAAAGACGAGCUUUCAGAAAGGUUCAGAAGAUCAGCCCCAAACAACGCUCGAUACCCGAUUAGAUGAAUGUUCAAUGUUGCCUUCCUGAUGGCAUCCAAUUGCUAUUUCUCGAUGCUAACAUAAAUUCAAGGCAUCAACUCAUCAUACUCAUACGCUGCUGAAUUUGACUCAAGUAGAACGCAAGAAAUGAACCCAAUCAAUUGCCGACCCGCCUGAUGUACCACUGAACGCC